AGGCUACUUCCGUAAUUUUGCGGGUCCUUUGUGUUUUUCUGCGUCCAGAGCUGCAGUUCUUCUCUUCACUGCUCUGUGUCCUCUGCUCCUAGAGGCCAAGCCUAUGUGUCCUUGUGUCCUGCAGGUAUCUGCAGAUUUAUGGCUAAAAGACCGGGACCCCCUGGAAGCCGGGAAAUGGGACUGUUGACAUUCAGAGACAUAGCUAUAGAAUUCUCUCUGGAGGAAUGGCAAUGCCUGGAUUGUGCUCAGCAGAAUUUAUAUACAGAUGUGAUGUUAGAGAACUACAGAAACCUGGUCUCCCUGGGUAUUGCUGUCUCUAAGCCAGACUUGAUCACCUGUCUGGAGCAAAAUAAAGAGUCCCAGAAUAUAAAGAGAAAUGAGAUGGUAGCCAAACACCCAGUUACGCGUUCCCAUUUCACCCAAGACCUUCAGCCAGAGCAGGGCAUCAAAGAUUCACUCCAAAAAGUAAUACCGAGAACAUAUGGAAAAUGUGGACAUGAGAAAUUACAAUUUAAAAAAUGCUGUAAAAGUGUGGGUGAAUGUGAGGUGCACAAAGGAGGUUACAGUGAAGUUAACCAAUAUUUGUCAACUACCCAAAACAAAAUAUUUCAGACUCAUAAAUAUGUCAAAGUCUUUGGUAAAUUUUCAAAUUCCAAUAGAGAUAAAACAAGAUAUACUGGAAGGAAACAUUUCAAAUGUAACAAAUAUGGCAAAUCAUUUUGCAUGCUUUCACACCUAAAUCAACAUCAGGUAAUUCAUACUAGGGAGAAGUCCUACAAAUGCAAAGAAUGUGGCAAAUCCUUUAACUGCUCCUCAAACCAUACUACACAUAAAAUAAUUCAUACUGGAGAGAAACCAUAUAGAUGUGAGGAAUGUGGCAAAGCCUUUAGCUGGUCCGCAAACCUUACUAGACAUAAGAGAACUCAUACUGGAGAGAAACCCUACACAUGUGAAGAAUGUGGCCAAGCCUUUAGGCGCUCCUCAGCACUUACUAACCACAAGAGAAUUCAUACUGGAGAGAGACCCUACACAUGUGAAGAAUGUGGCCAAGCCUUUAGGCGCUCCUCAGCACUUACUAACCACAAGAGAAUUCAUACUGGAGAGAGACCCUACAAAUGUGAAGAAUGUGGCAAAGCCUUUAGCGUAUCCUCAACCCUCACUGACCACAAGAGAAUUCAUACUGGAGAGAAACCCUGCAGGUGUGAGGAAUGUGGCAAAGCCUUUAGCUGGUCCUCAAACCUUACUAGACAUAAGAGAAUUCAUACUAGAGAGAAACCCUAUGCCUGUGAAGAAUGUGGCCAAGCCUUUAGCUUAUCCUCGAACCUUACUAGACAUAAGAGAAUUCAUACUGGAGAGAAACCCUACACAUGUGAAGAAUGUGGCCAAGACUUUAGGCGCUCCUCUGCACUUACUAUCCACAAGAGAAUUCAUACUGGAGAGAGACCCUACAAAUGUGAAGAGUGUGGCAAAGCCUUUAGCUUAUCCUCAACCCUCACUGACCACAAGAGAAUUCAUACUGGAGAGAGACCCUACACAUGUGAAGAAUGUGGCCAAGCCUUUAGGCGCUCCUCAGCACUUACUAUCCACAAGAGAAUUCAUACUGGAGAGAGACCCUACAAAUGUGAAGAGUGUGGCAAAGUCUUUAGCUUAUCCUCAACCCUCACUGACCACACGAGAAUUCAUACUGGAGAGAGACCCUACAAAUGUGAAGACUGUGGCAAAGCCUUUAGCUUAUCCUCAACCCUCACUGACCACAAGAGAAUUCACACUGGAGAGAGACCCUACACAUGUGAAGAAUGUGGCAAAGCCUUUAAUUGCUCCUCAACCCUUAUGCAACAUAAGAGAAUUCAUACUGGAGAGAAACCCUACAAAUGUGAAGAAUGUGACCAAGCUUUUAAGUGGCAUUCGAGUCUUGCUAAACAUAAGAUAAUUCACACUGGAGAGAAACCCUACAAAUGUGAAUAAUGUGGCAAAGUCCACCCUCAGGCCUUAUAAUACAUAAAAUAAUUUACACUGGAAAAAAACACUACAAAUGUAGAGAAUGUGGCCAAGCCUUUAACCAGUUCCAAACCUUAAUUGAACGUAAGAGAAUUCAUAUUGGACAGAAAUUUUAUAAAUGUAAAAAAAUGUAACAAAGCCUUUAACCAACCCGCAAACCUUAAUAAACCUAAGAGAAUUUAUU